CCCGUCGAAGCGUCAUUUGGAACUUUCGCCCUCAUUCAUUAGCAUAUCAGUUACAGCAACAAUGCCCUCAGAGCCCAAACCAGAAGAACUAGCCGCCAUCUGGCGAGAUAUCCUCCAGAACGACACAAAAAGCUGGGUCCUGUUCGAGCACGGGACCUGCGUUAUCCUCAUGGAGCCCUCUGGCGACCUGGCCACACAAGCAACGGAGCUUCUGUCACAAUGGGGUCCCGUCCAGGUUGCGACCCCGUCUGCCGAUUUUGAGUGUAUGGAGCUGGAUGGUGAGCCUGUCUCUGGCUGGAUUGUGACCGGGCACCAUCCUGAUGUGCUGAACUAUGUCCUUCCUGAGGAUGCGGAGCGUGUGGGAUCGGGGGACCUGCAGGUUGGGUUGCUUGGGAGGUCUAAUCGGGAUGCUGAUGGUACUGAGUUAAGGGUUAUUCAUGUUGAGGAUAAUCGUCCUAGGGUUUGAUUUACAGAUGAUGUAGCGAAUAAUUCAGUCUAUUUGAUAUCAUAUAAAUUAUCUAACCCUCAAUGUAUUCAUUAAAGAUCGUCUUGAAAUUCAUCAUUGCCGCCAUCUUCAAUCAUUCAGCACCCCGCGAUAUGAUGGCACUGUCGCUAUAGCGCUGGGGGCUCCAUAUGCCAGGCGACGCUGCGGCUCCCUUCAUCCUCCAAGAUACCACUCUCAUCCGGAGGAAGUGGCAGUCCCAGGCUGGCAAGAUAUUGAUCUAUCUCUUCAUACCCA